UAUUUAUUUAAUCAUGCUUAAUAACAGAUAAAUGAGGGAAUCUGAUUUACGUUCGUGGAGUAGAAGAAGAAUCUAAUGCUUUAUCUUUAUCACUGCACCGGUUUACCACUCCGCUGAUUGAUACAAACUGACCAAAAAUGGAAGCUCUCAUCUCCCAAUUCACUUUCCUAUCAGACCAGGCUUUACACGACAAGAACUUCGACCCAUCCGCCAUUGAAGACCUGAUGAAGCUCUUCGAGAUCGAAGCCUACAGGUCCUGGGCGGCGCUGGAACUCGAGCAGGAAAAAGAGGCGCACGAGGCCCAGAUCUCCCUCCAAGAAGCCGAGGAGCAUCUGGAUUCAGCCAUGGAGGCCGCCAUGGACGAGUUCAGACGGUUCGAGGAGGAGAUGGAGCGUCUCUGCAAGGCGGAAAUGGAGAGUUUGGUGGAAACUGGUGAGAAGGCGAGGAAGAUGGGUGAUUUCAUGGAAAAGGCUGCAACUAUUGCUUCAAAAAAAUACAUGGAGGCUGCUCUCAGCUCUGCAACUGCAUCCAUGAAAGCUGCUUUUAAAGGGAUUUCUUCUCGCAAGGUUCAUCCUUCUUGAAAAACCCUUUUCAAUUUCUGCUUUCUUUAUAAAAUACUUGGAUCUGUAAUGUUCUUUUCUGAUAAGGAAAUCCCAUUUAGCGUUUUUCGAAACUAUACUUGGAUUCCACUUUUUUUUUUUUUUUCCCUCUGUUAAUUAAAAGAAAAAAAAAAAAGGAUCUGUAAUGUUCUUUUCUCCGAUCAACUUUGAAAUCUAUUUACUUUCUCAAGUUCAUCUUUGAUCAGAAACCCAGUAGCAGAAUUGCUUCUGGAAUCCCUAAUGUUAGUAAUAAUAUGAGAUAUAAAGAAAACCCAUUUGAUAGAACACUUGAAAGUUUACUACUUUUCUUUAAUUAAAUAAAAUCUGUAUGUUUUUGAGUGCAGAAA